AUGGCUUUUCUUUGUGCAAGAGUUCUUUAUAAAGUAAUGCCAAUUUGGGUGCUGCAGGAUAAGGGAAAGUCAGAAUUAAAACUAUAUCUAGACCCCGCAAUCGGUCCUGACAGGCUCCCGAGACAUUGGCCCCAUGUGGUUUCCUGGUGUCUGGCCGCGUUCAGCAGUGCUGGUGGGAAAAGUUACGGGGUGACUAGGGUGACACUACUCUGGGGCCACGCAGGUGGGAAUGAAAGGGGGCACGUGGACUUAAAGGCUAAGAAGGAGGUUGUGGAGGCAACAGAAAAUGGAAGAGACGCACCCACUAAUGGGAACGCUAACGAGGAAAAUGGGGAACAGAAGGCUGACAAUGAGGUAGAUGAAGAGGAAGAAGGUGGGGAGUUUAAGGAGGAAGAGGAAGAAGGUGAUGGUGAGGAAGAAGAUGGAGAUGAAGAUGAAGAGGCCGAGGCAGCUACGGGAAAACGGGCAGCUGAAGAUGAUGAUGAUGAGGAUGUUGAUGCCAAGAAGCAGAAGACUGCUGGAGAUGACGAGGCAGCAAAAAAGGAAGGGUUAAAUUUAAAAAGGCCACCGUGA